AUGCCCACACCCGCCUGGGGGCCCCGGCUCGCCUCCUGGCCCCUCGGGCGCCCACCGCCCGGCGGCUGCGGCCCCGCAGCGUGCGCAGGACCCGCGUCGCAGCCAGAAGACGCCGGGCCACGGGUCCCAGUUAGGCAGGCCCCUCCAUGCCGCGCUCACUGUGGCGCCAGCCUGAUCGUCCUCCGCGCCGGGGGGCUGCCGUUCCAACCGGCGGGCGGCCCCGUGGGGGCGGGGCUCGAGGACGUCCGUGCACCCGCUGUGCGUCAGCCCGCAGCCCCGCCUCCCAUGGGGACCCGGCCUGAGGAGCAGAGCAGCUGGAAAGGGGAACCCAGUGCACCUAAGCUCGAAGGGCAGAUGGGAGAGGAUGAAAACUCUAUUAAGGUGAACCUGAUCAAGCAGGAUGACGGCGGCUCCCCGAUCCGACACUACCUGGUCAAGUACCGAGCGAAGCUCUCCUCCGAAUGGAAACCAGAGAUCAGGCUCCCAUCUGGCAGUGACCACGUCAUGCUCAAGUCCCUGGACUGGAAUGCCGAGUACGAGGUCUAUGUAGUGGCUGAGAACCAGCAGGGAAAGUCCAAAGCAGCUCACUUUGUGUUCAGGACCUCGGCCCAGCCCACAGCCAUCCCAGCCAACGGCAGCCCCACCUCAGGCCUGAGCACGGGCGCCACCGUGGGCAUCCUCGUCGUCACCUUCGUCCUGCUCCUGGUGGUCGUGGACGUCACCUGCUACUUCCUGAACAAGUGUGGCCUGCUCAUGUGCAUCGCCGUCAACCUGUGCGGAAAAGCCGGGCCUGGAGCCAAGGGCAAGGACAUGGAGGAGGGCAAAGCCGCCUUCUCGAAAGAUGAGUCCAAGGAACCCAUCGUGGAGGUGCGAACUGAGGAGGAGCGGACCCCAAACCACGACGGAGGGAAACACACAGAGCCCAACGAGACCACGCCGCUGACGGAGCCCGAGCUGCCUGCUGACACCACAGCCACUGUUGAGGACAUGCUGCCUUCUGUCACCACCAUCACCGCUAACUCUGACACUAUCACCGAAACCUUUGCUACUGCUCAGAAGAGCCCCACCAGUGAGACCACCACCCUCACCUCCAGUAUCGCCCCCAUGGCCACGGCCACCCCUGAUUCAAACUCUGUGCCCACCGGCCAGGCCACCCCUUCCAAGGGGCCCGGCGCCGCCGCCACCUCCCCGCCCCCAGCCUCAGUCCCCAAGGUCGCCCCCCUCGUUGACCUGAGCGACCCCCCGACCUCAGCCCCUGCCGCCAGCAACCUGUCCUCUAGCAUCCUGGCAAACCAGGGGGCCGUGCUCAGCCCCAGCGCCCCUGCCAGUGCAGGCGAGGCCCCCAAGGCCCCUCCGGCCAGCACCGGUCCCCCCCCGGCAGGGGCAGCCGGUCCCCUAGCGGUGGCACCGACGACCCCCACCCCAGAAGCCCCCCAGGCCAAGCAGGAGGCUCCCGGCACCAAAGGUCCGGACCCUGAGCCCACCCAGCCCGGCACCGCGAAGAGCCCAGCCGAGGCAGCCAGGGCCCUCGCCAGCCCGAAGAGCGAGGCGGCCUCCAUCAGCACCACAAACCCUGCCCAGGGCGAGGACUUUAAAAUGGAUGAAGGGAACUUCAAGACCCCAGAUAUUGACCUUGCAAAGGAUGUUUUUGCAGCCCUGGGCUCUCCUGCUCCCGCCGCCGGGGCCAGUGGACAAGCCCCUGAGCUUGCUCCUUCCACGGCCGACGGCGCCGUUCCUCCUGCAUCAGCCAAGACCGAGAAGGGUCCUGUAGAAGCAAAGCCGGAGUGCCAGGAGACAGAAACGAAGCCAGCGCCAGCCGAAGUCAAGACGGUCCCCAACGAUGCCACACAAACAAAGGAGAACGAGAGCAAAGCAUGAUGGGUGACGAGACACCAGCAAAGAUCAAAAUAAAAAGUGACACAACAGCUUCA